AUGAACAAGUACAUCAGACUCGCGGUGUUUGGGGGAGCGCUAGCCUUCGUUCACCCCAACAACCCUCUCCAGACGGCAGUCUGCUUCAGUAUCAUAGGCUAUGUCACCACCAUCACCCUCAUCCCCAGACUCUCAGAACCCUUCAAAGGCAUUGGGCUCAAGGGCAAAGACAUGUCCAAGCCGCCGCCCGUGCGGGAGCUCCCUGAGUCAAUGGGCAUUGUCAGUGCUGUGACGUACCUUUUCAUCAUGUUCAGUCUCAUUCCGUUCAUUUUCUUCAAGUACCUCGUGUCCUUCAGUGCCUUGUCCAACGAUCAAAGCAUGCUGAACACCUACACAACCCAGUACGAGUCCACCAAGAGUCAGUUGUUCCCUCACAACAAACUUGCCGAGUAUUUGAGUGCGGUGUUGUGUCUUCAGUCCACCACACUUUUGGGGCUCUUCGACGACUUGUUUGACAUCAGAUGGAGACACAAGUUCUUCUUGCCAGCCGUGGCCUCCUUGCCGUUGUUGAUUGUCUACUACGUUGAUUUCAGUGUAACUUCCGUGGUGAUCCCAUCGUUUUUGACCGACCUCAAAGGUGGAGAACAGGCGUUGGAGUUUCUCAACUUCUUCAUUAGAUUGGGCAACCAUGUGGUCACCUCUGUCACUGGUUUGUCUUUUAGCUCGCUUCCCACGGACUAUGUCAUUCCUGAAAAUUCGCCCAAGUUGCUUGAUUUGGGUAUAUUCUACUACUUCUACAUGUCUGCGGUGUCAAUCUUUUCGCCCAAUUCCAUCAAUAUUUUGGCUGGGAUCAACGGCCUUGAAGUUGGCCAAUCGGUGGUUCUCGCAAUCAUUUUCUUGACAAACGACUUCUGCUACUUGUUCUCCUCCAAUGUGUCACAAGCUGCCUAUGACAGCCACUUAUUCUCAGUUAUCUUCAUUAUUCCGUUCAUUGGCGUUUCCUUAGGGUUGCUUCAAUACAAUUGGUUUCCUGCUAGAGUUUUUGUCGGAGAUACCUAUUGUUACUUCAGUGGUAUGGUGUUUGCAAUUGUGGGUAUUUUAGGACACUUUUCGAAGACAUUAUUGAUUUUCUUAUUGCCUCAGAUCCUCAACUUCAUCUACUCGGCUCCACAAAUAUUCGGUGUCAUCCCAUGUCCUAGACACAGACUCCCAAGAUUCAACUUGAAGGACGGCUUGAUGUACCCUAGUUUUGGCGAGUUGAAAAAGCAAGGUCCAGUUCCAAGACUCUUGCUUAACAUCUUGGAGAAGUUGAAGUUGAUUAAAAUUGAGAGAGGAAAUGAGGGACAGAUCGUGAAGUUUUCCAACAUGACGAUUAUCAAUCUCUUUUUGGUGUGGUUCGGUCCAAUGAGAGAAGACUCGUUGUGUCUCUUGAUCUUGGGAGUACAACUCUUGGUCGGGUUCUCCAUGAUUGCAGUCAGACACACUGUGGGCCCAUGGUUGUUUGGCUACGAUAACUUGAGCUGGGGAGUCAAGUAA